CUGCUUGAGUUUUCAGCUGUCAUGAUGAUACCAUUCCUCAAAUUCACCGCCACACCUGUGCGUGUGUGGGAGUGUUUUGGGAACAUUUAUCUAACCGGAAUCCAUUUCACAAUCAAUCCUAAGAAGCAAUAUUGUUCUUUUGUCCACAAUUUGGCACAGUACUCAUAUUCCACAUACUUGUUGUGUUUCAAGACACACACACACACAAAUGUGCGCACAGUGAGACGGGUCAAAUGAAGGCUAAUACUCAGUCCAGGAACUGUCUGGGCCCCGCAUCCUGUAGCAGCAGCUGUUGCCCUCCAGUCGUUCUGGGAACGCAGAUGGAUGGACAGAGACAUGGGGAGAUGAACUAAAUAACAGAUUGUGUAAGGAAGGAAGGAUGGAAAAUUGGGGGGUGAUAGAGAGACUAGGGGAGGAUGUCAGUUAGACUGAUGGAUGGAUGGAUGACGGAUGGAUGGUAAACGGAAGUGAUGGAUAGAUGACUGCAUUUGUGAAGGGAAGAUGUGUGGAUAAAUGGAAGGAUGAUGAAGUGUCAGACGGGCUGAUGGAUUGAUGGAUGUACUGAUGGAAAGAUGAUGGAUGGAUGAAAGAAUAGGAUGGGAUGCAUGAAUCGAUUGCUAAACAGACGGGUGGAUGGCGGGAUAGAUUGGAUGGUGAAAGAGGACAAAGACAGAAAGAGGAUGGAUGGAUGGAAACAGACAAGAAGGAUGGAGGAAGAAGGCAUAUAGGGCAGAUGGAUGGAUGAUAGAGGGACAGUCUGCUCAACUGAUGGAUGGAUGAAGGGAUGGAGGGAUGACAAGUUGAUGCUUCUCCAGAUGGAAAACGAAGAUCAGCUGAAAGUCUGACAAUUGCCGCAACGGACGAACAACGCGGCCCGAUGAACGGACGAACGAUGGAUGGAAAGACAUCCUCGCCCCCUCCUCCGUGUGGGCGUGUCCUCGCCGAGUCUGUCAUUUCCUGAGCACACGAACGCACCGCUGCAAAGUGAGUGAGACGCGCUUGUUUUUAUUGUUGAGCACAAUUCACAGCAACUCAGUCCACACCGAAAAAGAGGUCGAAGAAGGAGAUGAAGGAGAAUAAUGACGAGAGGUUUGCAUGGUGAGACCUGUCCUCCAACCUAGGAACAAUUCAAAAUGGACCCAAAGGAUCGGAAAAACAUCAGAUUUCACAUUCGCCUGAAUCAUCUUGCUGCCACUCGAUGACAUCGGAAAAUUUGUGACACCAAACCUCAACUUGCAAAAGACAUCUGUAGCGAACCGCACACAUGAAUACAUUUACUAAUCAUCUCUGGUGAGUAUGAUGUGUUUUUGAUUUGUUAUGCUUUUGUUAUCUUAUUGGAUAAAUAUGAAUUGUGAAUUUUUUUGCGUUUUUGUUCAGCAUGGGUGGUUUGUCUAAUUGCGAUGUGAUAGUGGUGGUAUUAAGAUGACGACUUUAGAAGAAGGCCUCCCGUCCCCUCUCAUUCUGAUGAUGCGGCCUGUCCCAAUACUUUUGUCCACGUUUGUAUCCAGGACUACGAGGAGUGAGAGCGCUUUCCUCCAAGUCCUCUGGCUUUUCUAUUUGGGAGCUUCUCCACUCACAGCAUUUGGUUACUUCCUGGGGGACACCAAGGCGGUCCUGCAUGGGUGUGAGGACCACUGGACCCUGCAGCAGAGCGCCUCCGUGCCCUUGCUAUUCCAGAUGAGCGUGUGCCUGGACGUGCGAGUGCUUGCGCCCGGGGCCUGGGUGGCCUUCUCCUACAGCUCGGUCCACGACCCUAGGCCCGAGCUGGGCCUGGAGGGGGACGAGGGGGCGCUGUACGGGUGGCUGCUGGGGGUCCGGCACCGCUUCCCCGUCAGUCUGGCGCCGGCUCGGUGGCACAGGGUGUGCCUGAGGAGAGACGUGCCCGGAAACUCCUUCAGCCUGGAGCUGGCCGGACGGCUGGUGGCCAAGCGGACGGUGAUCGCCCGGGCCGUGACGCCCUCGGGCUCGCUGUGGCUGGGGUGCCGGCCUCGGCGGCGAGCGGCCGGCGCGGCCACGGCGGGCCGGGUGGAGGUGUACAUGUUCCGCGUGUGGGCCGACCUGGGCCGCCACGGCCCCUGCGAGGACGGCACCGUGAUCGGCUGGAACGCUCGCUUCUGGGGCGUGACCAGCCCCAGGGCUCGGCAGACGGACCGCGACCUCUCGUGUGCUCAAACAACUGAAUUUGAAAGCUAUUUAGCCACUCCACCUGUUUCGAUGUCUGCCGACAUCCGCCAUCAACGUGAGCCUCCGUCAGUCACAGUGACACCUAGUGGCCACGGGGAAAAACCUUCACUCAGCUCGCCAAAUCCAUCGGCGACGACAUCUCCCGGUGCCGAAUCGAUAAGCGACGUGGCGACGUCAUUGGACGUCACUGGCUCCACCUCCACCAUCACCACCGCCGCUCCGACUUUAGCCCCGCCCACUGUCCACACCCCGGCCGGUCACAUCUCAAGUAGCACGCGGACACCUCCCGCAAGGUCACACAAAUCCAAUCACACAACAACUGGCUCGUUACCACCAUCUGCUAACAAUGCACUUGAGAACAAUGUGACUGCAGUAACUUCACUGAAACCCUUCAUCAAAGACACGUCACCAUCCAACCGAACUACAACAUCCGCUACAUCUGACUCCAACGUAACGACACACUACAAAGGAUUUACACAUCUUACAAGUGACACAACAGUGUCCGACAGAACUCAAACAUUACGACCGUCUGCUAACAACACCCUUGACAACAAAGUUACUAUAGGAAGUGCGAUAACUCCCCUCAUCAAAGACAUUGCACAGUACAGCCUAAUGACGCCGUCCUCCACAUCUGACUACAAUGUAACGACACACAAAUCUUUUACACAUCUCUUACGCAACGUCACAACUGACCUGUUACGACCAUUUGCUAACCACACACUGGAGUACAAUGUAACUAAAGUGAGCGCAAUAAGAGCCCUCAUUGAACACACGUCAAAAUACAACCCAAGUACACCUUCCCUGACAUCACUCCACAAUGGAACUACACACUACAAAACAACCACAAAUGACACAACAGCGCACAACACAACAACAUCUGACUUGCUACUACCAUUUGCUAACAGCACACUUGAGUACAAUGUAAGCCCAGUAACGCCGGACAUCAAAGACACGUCACCGCGCAACCUGACUGCACCUUCCACGACAUCAAUCCACAAUGUAACUACACACAAAUCUUUUACACGUCUUCCAAAUGACGCAGCAAUGUACAAUACGACAACUGACAGAUUAUUAACAUCUGCCAACAACACACUUGAGUACAAAGUAAGUACAAUAACACCCUUCAGCAAAGACACAUCACCAUACAGCCUAAGUAAGUCCUCCACAUCACUCGACAAAGUAACUACACACAAAGUGAUGAAAAACGACACAACAGUGUACAACAUCACAGCAACCAGCACAACACUCACUGACACAAAAGAACUCAAUGUGACUCCACUAAGUACAGUAACACCCCUCGUCAAAGACACGCCACGAAACAGCCUAACGAUACCUUCGGCUACAUCCGUUGACGAUGUUUCUACACGCAAAGUAUUUCCAAAUAACACAACAGUGUACAACGUUAGAGCAGCCGACACAUCAAGACCCGCUGACAAUCGCACAACGUACCUCCUUGAAACUACAAUAAGUACGAUAACACCCCUCAUCAAAGACACGGCACGAAACAGCCUAACGACACCUUCGGCUACAUCCGUUGACAGGAAAAGUACACACAAAACAUUUACACGUCUUGUAAGUGACGCAACUUUAGACAACGUCACGGCGUCGCGCAAUGAAAGUGGGAUAUUACCUCUCAUCAAAGACACGUCACAAAACAAUUUCACUCCACCGUCCGCUCAAUCAGUCAACAAUGUAACGACACACUACAACACGUUUUCACCCACGGCCGAUCGCACGAUGCAGAACAAUGAAACUACAGACACCGUCCUCGUAAAAAGCACGGCGACAUUUACGACAACAACUUCCGAUGACACGCAACUAGACAACGUACGCGCCAACCAUUACGCCACCGCCGCCGACAGCUACACCGAGCGUGACGUCUCCACAGCUGCACGAAACCCAACGGGGCGCGUAAGCGUCGCCGCGCGUCACAACGCGACCGCUGCCGAGGAAAACAAACAUCCCAGUUGGUACAACGCGACGACAUCCGGCGACGUAACACCACCGAACGACCGCACCGCCACUGAACUCGCAAGUGAAGCGCUUGACCAGAUAUCAUCCAACAAUCGCGACGACACGUCCACGGCAUCUGCACGCAAUCAUCCCCAACACCGGGUGGAUUUAAGUACAACAGCUGGAAUCUCCCGCGAACCUUUAGCUCGAGCUUCUACCACCGUGACCGCAACUACAACGGAGACGCGUCAAAGUCAAGCAAUCGGAAUGACUUCCACGUCGUCUUCGGGCACGAAGACGAAUCGGGAGCAGCAAGCGGACAAACUUGUGGAAGAAACCCGAAGUGCAUCUCAGCUCAACUCCUCACAGGUGGCGCAGCUGGUGGCUGAGCUGCAGAAGCUUCUGGACGCUCCCGGCGUGUCUCAAGCGUUGGCCGAGAAAGUCGUCCGCAUCGUCAGCAACCUGAUGGACGCCGAUCCCCUCGCCCUCGCCGCGUCCGCCGACAGGAUCAUCGGCGCCGUGGAGGACUUGGGCCUCAAGCUGCUCGUAAGCGACACCUCUGCGGUCCUCUCGUCCCGCUCGCUGGUUCUGGCCGUGCGCAAAGUGGACGGAGGCGACUUUCCAGAGAUGUCGGUCGACAUCUUCAACACCGACGAUGUUCAGAUGAACGUUGCGCACGGGUCCGGGAAGUCCGAGUCCACCGUGGCUUCCGUGUACCUGCCGUCCUCCAUCACAGAGGGCUUGAGCGGGGAUGAGCACAAGCAGGUCGACAGGGUCCAGUUCACCUUCUACAGCAAACCCGUCCUCUUCCAGGACAACACGUUGAGCAUUCAGACGGUGGUGAGUCCGGUGCUGGCGUGCAGCGUCAGCAACGUGUCCGUCAGCAACCUGAGCGACAACAUUCAGUUCACCAUCGGAAACCGCCGCCCCGCACACAGUGACUACGAGGCUGUUUGCGCCUUUUGGGACGUCGCCAGGAACGGCGGCUCAGGUGGCUGGAGUUCGGCCGGCUGCUCCGCGGUGAGCGCCACGUCGUGGGCCACGACGUGCGCCUGCAACCAUCUCACCGCCUUCGCGAUACUGCUGGAUCUGUCCAGAGGCGGGAUAAAUGACCCGCGCCAGGCCCAAAUUCUCACCUUCAUCACUUACAUCGGCUGCGGCGUUUCGGCAAUAUUUCUGGCUGCCACCUUGUUGACGUACCUUUCAUUUGCGAAGUUGCUGCGUGACGUUCCGGCCAAGAUCCUGGUGCAGCUGUGCUCGUCCCUGCUGCUCCUCGACCUGGCGUACCUGCUGGACGGCUGGCUGGCGCAGUACCCGGCCCGCGGGCUUUGCAUCGGCGCCGCCUUCUUCCUGCACUACUUCCUGCUCACCUCCUUCACGUGGGCGGGGCUGGAGGCCCUGCACAUGUACCUGAGCAUCGUGCGGGUCUUCACGCCGUACCUCAGCAGAUACAUGCUCAAGUUCUCGCUCAUUGGCUGGGGUCAGCACCCGAAUUGUCCAAAAUGUCGCAGUCCUCCUCGAAGAUGUUUUUCACGGUCGUGUGGAUUGCCGGCAGGGGUUCCGGUCGUGGUCGUGGUCGCGGUGAUCUCGGCGGACAAAGACAAUUACGGUCUGGUCACGUAUGGACGCGACCCGGAUGCCACCUCAGGUGACUUCUGCUGGCUGCGCAGCGACGCGGCCUUCUACGCCGGCGUGGUGGCCUACUUCCUGCUGAUCUUCGCCUCGUGCCUGCUGGUCUUCGGCGUGGUCAUGGCGCAGCUGCGGCGCAUCAAGCGGCAGAACCCGCACAACCAGUCGCCGCAUCGGGGCGCGGCGGCCGACCUGCGCAGCGUGGCCGGCCUGCUGGCGCUGCUCGGCCUGGCUUGGGGCUUUGCGUUGUUUGCCUGGGGGCCGCUCCACUUGCCCUUUGUCUACCUCUUCACCGUUUUGAACUCUCUGCAAGGUUUCUUUGUCUUUGUGUUCCACUGCGCCUGCAAGGAAAACGUCCGCAGGCAGUGGAGAACUUUCCUGUGCUGCGGGCGUCUGCGAUUGGCUGAAAACUCAGAAUGGAGUCGGACGGCCGCUCGGGAGAAGAGGAAGUUGUCGGUGACCACGUUGGGCGCGUCGGCUCGCCAGCUGGCCUCUCGGAGCUCCUCCGUGGGCAGCGGCAGCACCGCCAGUGUUGGUUCGGUGUUCGCAGACAGCGGCCUGUCCGAGGGCUCGAGCGGUGACGUGGUCCUCAACGAGCUCUACAGACAGACGGUCACCUUUUGAGGCCACGCGCUUUUCACUUCACUACUCGGGAUUGUGUACAUUUACAUGUCACUAGUUGUUAUUCUCCUAGCCCAAAUUAGACGAGGUUUCCUGUUGCCACAAAGUUUGUCGUCCUGUUUUUAGGCAGCAAAAAUGUGUAAAUUGAGGCAUCAUGCAAUUCUAAGGAGAUACACACAUAAAACAUUCAUAUUUACAUUGA